GGUACUGUAGCGAGCCACAAUAACAGAAACAGUUGAAGUGCUGUCCUGCUAAUUUUGGUGGGGGGCGGGUUAGCCUAGCUACAGUUUUUCGGCGCCUUUUCUUCUGUUGUUGUUUUUGUAGAGAUAUUUCUAAAAUGAAACUGCAGUGUUUAGUCGUUGCCCUGUGUCUCGGUGUGGGUGUAAUGGCUGGGAAAUACUCUCGGGAAGUGAACGAGCCCAAGCCGAGCGGCAGUGAUGGGCAAACGGUGGAGUUCAGGAUAGCCAAGCUGAACCAGGUGUGGGAGAAGGCUAAAAGGAUGCAGUUGUCCCCAGUGCGGCAGGCUGAGCUGCACAGUGACCUGAAGAUCCAGGAAAAAGAUGAGAUGCAGUGGAAAAAGAUGAAGGUGGAGGGGCUGGAUGAAAAUGGGGAGAAAGAGGCCCAGCUCCGACGUAACUUCAAUGUGAUCCUGGCCAAGUAUGGGAUGGAUGGUAAAAGGGACACACGACCACUGGAGAGCAACUACCUGAAGGACCACGACACCAAGGAGGGAGACAUGUUUGAUGAUCCCAGGCUGGACAAACUCUGGAACAAGGCUAAGAGCUCAGGAAAAUUCUCUGAUGAGGAGCUGCUGAGCCUUAAGAAGGAGUUCCAGCACCACAAAGACAAGAUCCACGAGUAUAAUAUCCUCAUGGAUACCGUCAGCAGGACUGAGGAAGUCCACAAGAAUGUGAUUUCUCCCCUGGAGGGCGACGCCAAAGAGCAUGUGCUGCACCAGAAGCACACAGAGCUGAAGCAGAAAAUGAGAGACCUCAACCAGGGCUUCGAGCGCCUCCGUAAGCUCAGCCACGAGGGCUUCUCUGAAGACAGCGAGUUUCGGGAGCCUCGUGUGAUUGAACUGUGGGAGGCUGCCAAGAGGGCCAACCUCACCAAAGAUGAGCUGGACUCUCUCAAGGAGGAGCUGCAUCACUUCGAGACCAAGGUGGAAAAGCACAGCCAUUACCAGGAGCAGCUGGAGCUGUCCCACCAGAAGCUGAGACACGUGGAGGCUUUAGGAGACAAAGAGCACAUCAAGAGGAACCAGGAAAAGUACAACACACUGGCGGAGAAGACCAGGGAGAUGGGCUAUAAGAUGAAGAAACACAUGCAGGAAUUGUCCAACAAGAUCUCUGGUGAGGGACUCCAGCACAAUGAGCUCUGAGAGGCUCCGAUCAUGGUCAUCACAUCAGUGAAGGUUGGAUGAACUGAAACAAUUCCCUCUAAAACUACACACAGCGUACGCUACAUUCCCCCCACUCCCUUUCAUCUACUGUAAAAAGAAUCAGUGUUUUUCCACGGAAAGUUUUCUACUUUUCUAGCGUUGUUAGUUGUUGAUUUUACAAAUCGCUGAAUGAAUGAAUUGUGCGUUGUUUGUACAUACUAUGCAUAUGAGAGAUUUCUUAUAAAUCAGCUGGACUUACUGUGGGAACUACUAGGUCAGAUUGUCAGUCACGGUAAAGAUAAAAUAUCAAUUAAAUAGUUUACAUACCAGUCUGGUACUCUGUGGCAACAUUUAUAGGUUCAACCAGUGACAGGCAAGUGUGGAAGAAAUGUCUGGUUGUAGUACAGAAACUGAAAAUGUGGCCAAGAAAGCCAAAUUUUGUGGAGGUGGCUGUUGAGGGAUGGACAGCAGCAGCUGAGUCAGUCCGAACCAGAUGAUGUAGUUCAGCUGCUGAGCGAUGAUGGUUCAGGUCCUGGGGAACAGCCAAACCAGCUCCGCGAGUACUUCAUCCUGUAGGAGUAUUGGCACAUUGGUGGCCAGACAAUUUGUCUACGCCUGUCUGUCAUUAGGUGUGCAAGUAAUAAAUGCUACAUCACAUA